UAGUAGUAUCCUCCCUCCAUUGUCAUUUCAUUACUAAUCUGAGUGAUUGACGUUCAUUUUCUUCUCAAGAGAUCACCAGAGAGUGUCUGUGCGAUAAUCAAUAUUCAUCAUCAUAAUGUGUGGAAUACUAGCAGUUCUUGGUUCCUCAGAUGAUUCUCAGGCUAAACGUGUUCGUGUCCUCGAGCUUUCUCGCAGAUUGAAGCACCGUGGACCGGAUUGGAGUGGAAUCCAUCAAUAUGGGAAUAGUUUUUUAGCUCAUCAACGAUUAGCAAUUAUCGAUCCUACUUCUGGUGACCAGCCUCUAUUCAACGAGGACAAGUCUAUCGCCGUAACGGUGAAUGGAGAAAUUUACAACCAUGAAGAGUUAAGGAAGAGUAUGCCGAAUCAUCGUUUCAGGACUGGGAGUGAUUGUGAUGUUAUUGCUCAUCUGUAUGAGGAACAUGGGGAGAAUUUUGUGGACAUGUUGGAUGGAAUUUUCUCAUUCGUAUUGUUGGACACGCGUGAUAACAGCUUCAUUGUUGCCCGAGAUGCUAUUGGGAUCACUUCUCUCUACAUUGGCUGGGGACUUGAUGGCUCAAUUUGGGUUUCGUCAGAAAUGAAAGGGCUAAACGAUGAUUGUGAACAUUUUGAGUGCUUUCCUCCUGGUCACUUGUACUCGAGUAAACAAGGAGGUUUGCGUAGAUGGUACAACCCAUCUUGGUUCUCAGAAGCUAUUCCAUCUACUCCAUAUGAUCCCCUGGUUCUUAGACGCGCUUUUGAAGAUGCUGUAAUCAAGAGACUAAUGACUGAUGUGCCUUUUGGAGUUCUUCUGUCCGGAGGCCUUGAUUCAUCCCUAGUUGCUUCUGUUACAGCUCGCUAUAUGGCUGGCACUAAGGCCGCCAUGCAAUGGGGAGCUCAACUUCAUUCAUUCUGUGUUGGCCUUGAGGGAUCACCCGAUUUAAAGGCCGCAAGAGAAGUUGCAGACUAUUUGGGUACUGUCCACCAUGAGUUCACUUUUACUGUUCAGGAUGGGAUUGAUGCCAUUGAAGAUGUUAUCUACCAUAUUGAAACUUAUGACGUUACCACAAUCAGAGCAAGUACCCCCAUGUUUCUCAUGUCUCGCAAGAUAAAGGCAUUAGGAGUGAAGAUGGUGAUCUCUGGCGAAGGUGCUGACGAGAUAUUUGGCGGGUACUUGUACUUUCACAAGGCACCUAACAAAGAAGAAUUCCAUCAGGAGACAUGUCAGAAGAUUAAGGCCCUCCAUCAGUAUGAUUGUUUGAGAGCUAAUAAAUCAACAUCUGCCUGGGGUUUGGAAGCUCGGGUGCCGUUCCUCGACAAAGAGUUUAUCAAGGUUGCUAUGGAUAUUGACCCAGAAUGGAAGAUGAUAAAGCGUGAUGAGGGGCGUAUUGAAAAGUGGAUCCUCAGGAGGGCUUUCGACGAUGAAGAACACCCAUACCUCCCAAAGCAUAUUCUAUACAGACAGAAGGAGCAAUUCAGUGACGGUGUUGGAUAUAGCUGGAUCGAUGGGCUUAAAGCUCAUGCUUCAGACCAUGUGACGGAUAGAAUGAUGCUUAAUGCACGGCAUAUUUUCCCUCACAAUACUCCUAUAACCAAAGAAGCCUAUUACUACAGAAUGAUUUUUGAACGAUGCUUCCCACAGAACGCAGCAAAAUUAACUGUUCCCGGGGGUGCAAGUGUAGCAUGCAGCACAGCAAAUGCUGUUAAGUGGGACGCUUCAUGGUCCAACAAUCUUGAUCCUUCGGGUAGGGCAGCUUUGGGUGUUCAUACUGCUGCAUAUGAACCUCAGGCGCCAGCCUCUCUCACUGUUGGGAAAAUUCCAAGUACGAACAAGGUACCAAAGAUUCUAGGAGUAAGUUCUCCAGGCCUCACUAUCCAAAGCUAAUCUUUGUUUUUGGAGUAUCAUAUUAUGUUUGCGGUGUUUAAGAUUGUAAUUCAUAGUAUAUAUGCAUUAGUUGCCCUGUUCUAGGAGUAAUAUACAUAUAAGAAUAUGUAAUGUGUACGAAAGAACGCUUGAUAUGUCGUGAUAAAAAAAAAAUCUAUGCAAUUUGUUUUGUUUGAGUUUCUGAUA